CAUGUCUUAGGUUUAGCAAUUCUGUCAAUAGCUUUCGAAUGUAGAUUUGAAAGAUCCUAAAGCUAAGGAAUUAUUGAUGGAAAAAAUAAAACAAUAUGAUGAAAAGUAAUUAUAUUAAAAAUAAUUGAAAUUAGUUUCGCUUAAUCAAAUUUUUAUCCAACUCCUUCGCAAUUAUCACAAAAUUACAAGCGAGAUGCUUCAAAGAUCUAACUACCCUCAAAUGGUUCAGAAUUAGAAAAGCAAUUAAAAACAUAAUUUAUUGCUGAUGGAUCCAUCUUUGGGGAAUAUCAAUCUAUUUUAAGAUAGGCUCGUGUUCCUGCUUAUGUCACACCUCCUCCUCCUCCACCAAAACCAGAAGAAUAAGCAGCAUAGAUCUUUUUAAGAUUACCAUAUAAUUAUCUAGAUUAAAAUGCGAAUACAAAACACGAAUCCAAUAUCAUUUAGAAACCCUAAAACUAACCACUUAGUUAAAUGUCUCACUUAUUAUCAACAAUUCAAAAUUAAAAUUAACAAAAUCAAUUGCAGUAACAAUAAAUUUAGAAUCCAGCAGCAAUUUAAGCAAGCGUUCUCAAUAAUCAAUAAUAAAUGGACUUAUAAAUGUAAAUGAAUCAAACUCCUCAUGGUUUGGAUAACGAUUUCAUCACCAACAUCAAAAAAACAGUGAAUGUAUUGGGAGGAAUAGAGGACACCGUUUAAAGUAUAUAUAUAAAUGACCCUAUAAAGUCAUGAAAUAGUCAUUAUAAGAUUACGAAUUGCAGCAUUCGAUUGAGAAAAAGAUUGAAAAGCAGCCAAUUUUCAAAAACUCAACUUUGAUGAAUCCACAAAAGCCAAACCCACAGUAAAUUACAUAAUAGCAGUACCAUCCCUUUGAAAGAUAUAUGGCAACAGAACCUUUAUUGGUAGUGUAAAAGUCGCAAAAACUAAGGGAAUAAAAACUAUAGCAAAAUAUCCAUAAAUGA